AUGAACUCGACAGCAGCAUCUUCAUCAAUAUCGAAUAGUAAUACUUCAGCUGCGACUAUUACUCGUACAUUGGGUUCGGUUAGUCCUCUGGGAUUGCCUCGAUCAGUGUCCAACUUAGAACGUGGACCACUGCACUCGAAUCAACAACUUCAACUACACAACGCUACAAAUGGAGGCGGAGGAGGCAUCGCGAAUAUCGCAUCUUCAAAGCCUGCAGCAACAUCAUCAACGACAACUGCAGCAGCAAUAUCAUUAUCAUCACUAGGGCAUUCAAACAACAACAAUAAUGCAGGUAGUAAUGCACCUGUAUUCAACAUCACACAGAGUGAGUCACAUCUACUUGUGAACAUCAAAGAUAACCCUGCAUUCAAGCUGAAGUUUGUCAAUGGUGUCAAUGGAAUGAUGUCAAUAGAGAUUGACUUUGCAGAUGUAAAGACUCAAACAUAUAGUAUACAAUCAAUUAAGAAUUAUACAAAGAGAUACUACUUCAAUGGUAUCAUCAACUCAUUCGGUAAACAACCGACGAUUUGCGAAGACUCUCAUUUCUUAUCAAACGACUUUACAACGGUUGGCGUAGCGGAUGGCGUUGGAUCAUGGCGAUCAGUUGGCGUGGACAGUGGAGAGUAUAGCAGGGGCCUGAUGCAGUAUGCCCAGAGUAUAGCGAACGAACAUCCACACUACAACCCAUAUGAGUUGAUCGAGCAUGCCUAUGUCAACACAACGAAUCGAGUGCCAGGCAGCUCGACCAUAUGUAUAUUGAAGUUAUCCGGAUCACGACUCUACAGUGGUCUCGUUGGCGAUUCAUCCUUCAUCGUCAUCAGGAAGGACAAAGUGUCCUAUCGUUCAAGGGAACAGACACACAAACCAAACUGUCCAUAUCAACUUGGACAACAAUCAUUGGAUCGACCUUCCAAUGGCGAUUACCAGGACCUUGAGGUACAGGAGAAUGAUAUUGUAGUAAUUGGCACAGAUGGCUUCUUUGAUAAUGUGUUUGACGAGGAGAUACUGGAGGCGAUAAAGAAGGUCAAUUCGAUACAGAGCUUCUUCCAGCAUCUGGCGGACACGGCGCGCAAGAAAUCCAUCGAUCCCAAUUCAAACACGCCACACGCAGUGCGCUACAACUCCAAAGGUGGCAAACCUGAUGACAUCACCGUCGGAUGUUUCGUUAUCACUGAGAAGGGCUCAGCGGCGAAGCAGCAGUAA